AUGUCCUCCCAAGCAAAUUGGCACUCAGUCACUGGCAUUGCCACACUGUUAUUCGAUGGCAACCUGGUUGCAAUCGCCAUCGCCAUCGCAUUUACAUUCGGCGUACCUGUCCUCCUCCACAUCAUCUUCUUCCAAGCUGUAGCUUCUCCACCCUCAAGCAACUUCCUGCUCCUGGGUCCCAGCGGAGCUGCUCGAAGCAAAGUCCUCCCCCGCAUCGAAGAAGUCACACGCCACCCACACCUCCCAACAAUCUACCUUGGCCACCGUCACCCUCCCCCAACUGUCCCCACCGGCUCAAACCGCUACCGCUCCGUCAACGACCCCUCUCUGAAAGAGGCUAUCCGUAACCCCAUCCGUUACCGCGUCCGCGACACCCCUGGCCAUGGCAAGCUGCGCGUCUCACAGGGUCUCGCCGAGCUGAGCACCAUGGCCCAGUCAAAGGAUAUCAAGACCAGACUCCGUGGCGUGCUGUUCAUGGUUGAUACCGCGGCACUGGUGGAUGAAGCCACCCUCCGCGACACAGCCACCUACCUGCAUGACGUGCUCCUCGUGCUUCAGAAGCGCGCCAAGAACGGCUCCUCCAGCAAGCGGACCACCGAGAUCCCCGUUCUGGUCGCUGCGAACAAGCAGGAUCUCUUUACGGCUCUGCCGCCUGGCUCGGUGAGGGAGAAGCUGGAGGCGGAGAUUGAACGUAUUCGCAAGUCGAAGAACAAGGGUCUGUUGGAUGCGGCUGAUACGGGGUUGGAAGAUGAGGAGGAGAUUCUGGCGAAUGAUGAACAGGAGAGUUUCACUUUCAAGCUCUUGGAAUUCGAGACUGGAAUUAAGGUCGAGGUUGUCGGUGGUGCCGUUAAGGGUGAUCAGGAAGAAGACUUCGGGUCUGGAGUUCGUCGUUGGGAGGAAUGGAUUGGUAUGUGUCUGUGA